AAAUGACAAAUACCAUAAACAGAAAUUGAAGGGGGCGUUAAAAAAAGUAUGGUUUAGUCAUUUAAUAAUCACCCGCCAUGAUGAACGUCGUUCAAAUAUGCUUAUUUUACGCUACAAUCCUAGCAUAUUUUGAUAAAGUACAUAGUGGAAAUUGUACUGAUUAUGUUACUAAAUCUGAGGCUUCACGACUUACAAAUGAUUUAUUUUGCUCAUAUAAUAGAAACGUUCGACCUGUAUUAAAUCAAAAGACCCAAACUAUAGUUAACACUACUAUGUAUUUUUUUAGCGUUCAUAUGGACGAAGAAUGGAAUGUAUUAAAAAUGAGUAUCCAUCUAAUAUUGACUUGGAAAGACGAGUUUUUAACAUGGGAUCCAUUAAAAUAUGAUAAUGUAGAAUAUUUACACCAAUCUUCUUCCUCGGUUUGGUUACCAAAUAUUAUGUCUUAUGAUAGCGGAUUUGAUGGAGCCAACAAAGAUUUUGUAUAUGACCUUCCUAUUAGCACUGUAAAAAUUACCAACAAAGGUAUAAUUAAGUAUAACCACCGUGUAAAUUUUGAUGCUUUCUGUUCAACAAACAUAGCCAACUGGCCUUUUGAUGAACACAACUGCACUGUAAUAAUGGGUUCACCUCUUUAUACAAAUUUAUACGUAAACUUUACUUUUCCAGAUGGGUACUAUAGUUUAGAUUUUUAUAAUCCUGACAGAGAGUGGAAAGUCAAAAAUAUACAUCAUGAGUGUUAUACGUUACAGUACUUCAACUCAAAUAAUUCAUAUGAUCAUUGUCUUUUACAAUAUACUAUUAUUGUAGAACGUUUUUCAUCGAUGUAUUUUUCAUCAGUAAUUAUUCCUGCUAUUGUUAUAUCACUUAUGAGUGCAUUUACCUUUUUGUUGGGACCUGAAAUUAUAAUUAGAGUUAUACUACUCUGUUUAUUUUUUGUAUCAGAACUACUUUACAUACAAUUUUUGGACGCGAAAAUACCAAAUAAUGGUUCUCAUCCAGUUUAUAUUGUUUUACUUUAUCGGAAUUGUUUAAUUCAAACUGCGAUGGCGAUACUUUUGAGUGUCAUAAGUAAUAGCUUUCAUAAACGAGGGUUAGAAAAAUGUCCACGAGAAAGUCCAGAUUGGCUAAAAUCAUUAUCUUCGUUUUUGUUAAGUAAAAGACCAAUUUCUUUGCUCACCAAUUUAGAUAUGCAGGGUGCUGAGUUGCUAAUGGAAAAAAAUAUUGAAGAAGAAUCACCAAAUAGAAAAAAUGAAGAAAGUGCAUUGUUUUGGAUAAAACUGUCUGUUAUGCUAGAUCGCCUAUCUUUUAUAAUUACUUUGAUUGCAAUAGUUCUUAACUUUAUUUUCGCGAUACCAUAACUUUUUUUUAUUCGCUUAAUUAUUUUAUAAGUAUAAGGAUUACAAUCCUUUUAAAUGUUAAAGAUAAAUUAAGAAUAUUUUAAUGUACUACAAGAUUAAAAGAAAGUCUUCUCGGUGAAAAUGACCAAUCAAUGUUGAAAAAUAAAUAAUUUA